CCAAAAUAUAUAGAUUUAGACAACAAAGUAUUGCUAUAUACUAAACAUAGUGUUAAAUGUAUAGUUAACUAAGAUAUAUUUGAAUCAUAGUAUUUACAACUAAAAAUCUAUCCAGAAGAAUACCAUCUCAGGUAUUCUGAGAUUUCAUUUUGAAUUUCUACAUGAGUGUUAGAGUGCUUUCAGUCUCUGGCCCUUCAUUUCCUUUAAAAUCAUGGACUUGGGAGGAGAAAAAACCCCACAUUAGUUUAAAUCACCACUUAAUACUAUAAUCUUAAUUCCUUGAUCCUGGAGGCAGGAUUUGGCCAUGCAUUCUAAAAACUGGAUUCUUUGCCCAGUCCGAUGUUACUCAUAUUCAGUCAUUCAUCAAUCUAGCUAUAAAUCAAUUUAAGCGGAAGAGGGCUUCCCAUGAAUUAAAUAUGAACUGUUUGGAGUAGGGAAGUGGUCCUCUGUAGAUACAUAUAUAUAAACCCUACAACAUGAGACAGAUUGAACGACUGCACAGAGUGCACUGAAGGGGAAAGAGGGCAUUGGCUUAGCAAGGAGAGCUGGUAAACUUCCGACCAGCAAUCAGAGGGAGGGAGCAGAGCACAGACUUUUCCUUCAAAACUCCAGUUCAGUAUCUGAAGAAGAAACCUGCGGAAAAAGCAAAACAGCUGCAAAGGCAUUCAGCACUCACGAGAGCUCCCAGGGUUGUUUUGGUCAGGGUACUAUCCUGCUCCUGAGAAGACAAGAAAGCCUCCUUCAUCCUUUGUCCAUAGAGAUGGAAUACAGAAGUGGCCCCCAGUUUCUCCUGUCCUUUGCACUUCUCUAUGUUUUCUGCUCCCAAACUCUUGCUUUAUCUUCUUUGGGAACAUAUUCAGCAAUGAGGAAUGAUGAACAGAUGCCAGUCAAACGCCACUCUGAUUCUGACUUCACUGAUCAUUACAGUCGCUUUCUAAGGCAGAUGGCUGUGAAGAAGUAUUUGGACUCUGUCUUAACUGGGCAAAGAAGUCAGGAAGAACUGAACCCAUCGAGCCUUCAGGAUGAAACAGAACUGGCUGAACUUGCAGUAUCAGGAAAAUAUGAUGAUAUCGGACUGCUGAGACACCUCCCUUUGGACAUUUUAAUCCAACUUAAUUAAGAAACCCUGCAAAAAAAUCUUUCUGAAGUCCUAAAGACAAAUCAAACCAUUUUUGAGUGGCUCAUAGUAAUAAUACUUGGAAGUAUUGUUUAAAUAUGGUUAAUAAAAUUCCUCAACUUUUUUCUGCAUAGUUGUAAUACGUAAAGAAAUUGUUUUCCUCAAAUCAUUAUUGCAGAUUUUGGUGUUGCCUUUUUGUCUCUUUUCAAGUUGCCUGAUAUAUUAUACAAUUUCCAUACAAAGAUAUGACAGUCGGUAGGUUUAAUUUGUCCUAAAAUCAUUGAUGCUAAGGAUUAUUCUGCAUUUGGCUCUGUAUAUGUUUACUGAUAAAAGUAUUCCUAAUAUAAAUAGCAGGAUUGGAGACACUUUACUAUUUUUUCCAAAAUGAAUGUAACCGAUGAAAUAUGCAGACAAUAAAGACACUUUAUUAUCAC